CCAAUGGUAAGGCAAGGAAGUUCCCACUUCAAUGUGAGUAUCAAUAGGUGCCUAUCAGAAGAGGAAUGCAAAUAUCCCCAAAUCAAAUCCUAUCUCUCUACCUUAAGAAAAAUGUCAAUUCCUCCACCAAAUGAUCCAUCCAGAGGAUGUUCCUCAGAAUUCUCACAACCUCUAGGACAACAAGAUUUGGCUGAAGCUCGAAAUUUGUUGGAGAAUCUGAACCGUGUCAACGUUGUUCAAGGAAACUUGACAGAAGUUGUAUACAGAACAGGUGACCAAGAUCUUGAUAUCCGUCGCCCUGUGUAUCGUUGGGACAGAAGGCCCUACCAAGACAUCUUUGCGAACGGCUUCCAAGCAUGGCCACAGGGACAAACUCCCAACAACACUUACUAUGAUCUGCUUCACUUCAUUCAACAUGCAGGUGCUCCUCUUGAUCCCAACAGGCCUCCAACUACAACACACGCCUUUGUCAGCACCACUCUCAAUAAUGCAUGGCAACCAACCCCUUCCACCCAAGUCCUCCCACCAGGUUCUCAGAUUCAAUUUUAUCGCUAUGAAGUUUAUGCUCCUGGUGGCAUUUGGGUCGCUGUCACCCUUGGGAAUCGAUACUCCUACGUUUCUCAGGCUGAGGUUUGCUUUGCCGGAGGCAUUGCUCCUCAGUACAUUCGAUCCUGUCUCAUAUUCACAGCAACACGUGAAGCCGGAUCAAGGUAUGUGAGAUUACGGAGAGAAACAAGAUUGAUCAUAAACAGGAAUUUCAAUCCAGAGUCCGCUCCUUACAAUCAAGUAGUUAUUUAUAUCCCUGUUUACUACUACAGGGAUGAUAACGGUGAAAACAGAUACCUACCAGAAGAGACUUAUCCGCCUAUGAGAGAGAAAAGACAGGUCUUGGAAGCUGAUAACGAUGCUGCUCUUGACUGGUAUACUACUAAAGUUGUAGAGGUACCAAGUUACAUAGAUUCUGCAUUUCGUUCAUCAAAACCAAAUGAAGUUUAUUUCUUCUUAAAAAAUAAGUAUGUGCAAGUGUAUUACACUCCUGGAGACACAAAGGAUAAGAUCCUCACUGAUCUGCGUUUGAUCUGUGAUGGCUUUCCAUCACUUCUUGAUACGCCGUUUGGAGAAUAUGGAAUAGACUGUGCCUUCGAUACUGAAGCUAGCAAAGCAUAUAUCUUCUCCACCAAUCUCUGUGCCUACAUUGACUAUGCUCCAGGAACUAUGGAUGACAAGAUACUGUCGGGUCCUAUGACAAUUGCAGCCAUGUUUCCUGUCUUGAAAAACACUGUGUUUGAGAAUGGUAUAGACUCUGCAUUUAGGUCAACCAGAGGCAAAGAAGUUUACUUAUUCAAGAACAAUAAGUAUGUUCGCAUAGCGUAUGAUUCGAAGCAGCUUGUUGGCAGCAUUCGCAACAUCGGUGAUGGGUUUCCUAUUCUGAAAGGUACGAUCUUUGAAAGUGGAAUCGAUGCGUGUUAUGCUUCUCAUGUGGAGUCUGAAGCUUACCUUUUCAAAGGAGACAAGUAUGUGCGCAUCAAAUUCAGCCCAGGUACAUAUGAUGACGCUCUUGUGGGUGAUGUGAGGCCUAUCCUCGAUGGUUGGCCAUGUCUUAAGGGCAUUCUGCCUCUCGAUAAUAAAGGAAUUGAUACUCAUUCUCACGCUGAUCAUGAACAAGCUGACCCUGAUCCGUGUGAGAUGGAGGAGAACAAAGAAAGCACAGUGGCAAAGCUGCAAGCUGUGAAGCAUAAGAGUGGGAAGUCGUACAAUCAGUUAGCGGAUGAGACAGGGCUCACCAAUGUCUAUGUUGCUCAGCUUCUCCGGAGACAGGCUCAGCUCAAACCCGACACUGCCCCUCUUCUGCUGGCGGCGCUGCCCAACCUGCCCGAAGACCUUGUGUGGGAGAUGAUGAGACCCCCUUUGAGAUCUUAUGAUCCUGAACUCAUCCUAGACCCCACUGUCUACAGGUUGAAUGAAGGUGUAAUGCAUUUUGGAGAGAGCAUCAAGGAGAUAAUCAAUGAGGAGUUUGGUGAUGGGAUCAUGUCAGCAAUAGAUUUCUACUGCUCAGUUGACAAAAUUAAAGGAGUGGAUGGGAAGGAUCGUGUGGUAGUGACAUUUGAUGGAAAAUAUUUGCCUCAUUCGGAACAGAAAUCAGAAGACAUGGUUUCAAGAAGAAGGUUAUAGGGGAGAGAAUGAGUUCGAAAUCUUCGAGACUUGUUUCUUCCUGCAGCAACAAGAAGUAGAGGUUCCUGAUGUAAGAAGACAAGGGCAAAUUAGUCAUUUCUCUAACACUAUAAGGGUGCAGAUUGAAAUCAUGGGAAUGGAAGAACAAAUGACCUCUGUUUCAAUACUUUGCUGAGUAUUUCUUCCUGCACCUCCAUAUUUUCUUCAGGGAGAAUGUUAAAUUUUUUAAUCAAAGGUACUUAGGUCAUUUUAAUAGGGUUAUGGGGUGCAGGAAGAAAUUUUGGGGGUCCAGGAAGAAGCCUACCUUGCUUUGCUUGAAUUGAAGUUUUGGUUCCGCGUUUCUGUAAUAAAGACGGUGUUUUAUUAACUACAUUUUAUUAAUUAUUUAGUUUUAUUACUUUUUUGAUAA